AUGGCUGCAGCUCCCGUCUCUGCGGCUCAAGCUAUCGGCGAAUAUCUUCAAUCUCCGGAUGAUCUGGUGAAAGUAUCGGCGUACAGGAAGAAGUUGGAGAAGGAAAAGGCCUCGAUAGAUGCGAGGCUAAAGAGCGGUGUGAAAGAGCAGUUGCAAGCAACUAGGGAAGGAUUGAGAAAAUUGCUAUCCACUAGGGCCAAUGUGCAGGCUAUUAAGGACGAAAUGGUAAUCAUCGAUAGAGAGUGUAGCGACCCUCAGACUCAGGUCGCAACGUUCGACCAAAUUAGUCGAGUAUCGAUGGUACAUCGAAAUUUCGUUCAAACAGAGGAAAUGGUAAACAAUCUGUUAGAUAUGGAGUCCAAGCUUUCCGAGAUCGGAUAUAUGCUCGACGACGACAGUGCAAAUAUAACAGGCCCUGCUCCAAAUCUCCUUGUCAUUCACUACUAUCUUAAACAGCUCGAAGCUUUCCGAAAUCAGACGAUGCAUCAAGCAAAAAAGGCGUCCUCGGAUGCACGGAUAUACCUCGUACGACGGUUCGAGCGAUUGCACACUGUCAUUGAGCAGUUUGAUCAGUACAUUAUCGAUCUAGCGGGUAAUGUUUUGGAUAUAGUGCGCGAAGGAAAUGGUCAUGUCAUUGUUAGACUGAUCAAAAUUGCGGAGAUGGAGGGAAGAGAAGACGAGAAGGCCAUAGCUAUCCGACUUGUCAAGAAAGCUGCGAAACUCGAUGCCGCCUCAAAAUUUAAAUCCAUGCUAGCCAAUGCUCGAGUCAUUAAACACUAUCGUUCCAAAAUCACCAAGGCCAUAGCUGACUCUAUCAAGGCCAAGUUCGAACGGGCUUACAAACAGGACGAGAACGAUCCCAUGGCAUUUCUGGAAAAUAUUCAGUGGAUGUACGCAGACAUCAUUCGCAUCCAGUCCGACGUCGUUCCAUGCUUCCCGGCAGAAUAUGACAUAUACUCCUUAUACAUCAGAGAAUAUCACAAGGCGUUGAAUGUACAAAUCAACAGGAUCGUUGCGUCUGAGCCCGGAGCAAAUGUCCUGCUUGCCCUGUUCGAGUGGCUGAAACAAUACAAGAAGGAUAUGAGGGAGCUUGAAGUUCCGCCAGAUCUUCUCGAACCACCGCUUCUUGAUGGCAAGGAGCAGUCUCUUAUAGAAGACUAUCUCCAGGUCAUCAUCAAGAAACUCGACGAAUGGUCAUCGAACAUGAUGAAAACGGAGCUCGAAGAAUUUGUUUCUCGUCAAGAUCCUCUGGAAGUCGACGCUGAUGGCCAAUACGCCACUCAGGGCGGCGCCGGUAUCCUCUUCCAGAUGGUCAACCAGCAGAUUGACCUAGCCACAGAGAGUGGUCAGGGUGCUAUCCUUGCUCGCGUCGUUGCUGAGAGUAACCGCGUCAUGCGGGGGAUGCAGGAGCAGUGGGUCAAAACAGUAGAGCAGGAAUACAAGAAGCAGGUCGAAAAGCCAGAAGAAAUCGCCCCCGGAUUGGUAGAAUAUGUCAUUGCACUUGCAAAUGACAUGCUGAAGUCUGCCGACUAUGCCGAAGCGCUCUUGGCGCGACUUGAACCCCUGGUGUCGGAAAAGUAUCGUGUCCAAAUGAACGAAAAACUCAACGAUGCUAUCGAUGGAUAUCUCGACGUGGCGAAGAAGUGUACGCAGACCCUCAUCGAUAUGAUCUUCAACGACUUGAAGCCUGUGACAAAGAAUCUGUUCCAGCCUCCGUGGUACGAUGGUAUACUUGCUCAGAUCGUCGAAACCAUCCGGGAUUACAUGGAUGACUAUAAGGAAUUUUUAAACCCUUCCUUAUUCGAACUCCUUGUGGAGGAUCUCAUUGAUGCCUUCCUACUCGUUUACCUCAACGCGCUUGCCAACUCUCCCAAACUGAAGAUCCCAGCCGCGACAGAACGCAUAAAGGACGACGUCGAUGAUGCGUUCAGGUUGUUCCUCAACUACAAGUCGCAGAAGGAUAUGGAGGAGUACUUCGAGGUGCUGGACCUAAUAUUAGGUAUACUAGAGGCAUCGAAGGAGAUCGUUUUCCUUUCGUACUGGUCCUUUGCCAAGAAGCACGGGCCCAAUCUUGCUUUUGUGGAGGGAUUGAUUAAAGCUCGCGGCGAUUUGGAUCGGUCGGGAGUGAGUGAGGUGAUGGACACUAUCAAACGAAAGGUCAAAGACGAAAACUUGGCUGAUCCGCCAGAGCCUACUAUCAUGAAGAAAGUGGCAAUUCAGAAUGCAUUCUCUAGGUUCUUGCGCACGUAG